AUGGCGGUCAGAUUUUUGCGUCGCUCUUUCCAGGGGAAGAGCAAGACAGUCAUGUGUAGCCAGGAUUGCUUGCCACCUGCGGCAUCUUUUCAGAGACGGCGGCUGGCACGGAAACGCUACAUGAGACCGCCUCAUCCCGGGCCCAGGGCGGGGCGUGCGGUGAGGAGCCCCGUCAGUCGGAGUCCAGACUCAGACAGCGUGGCCUUGACCCCGGAGGCCCGUGGCGAGGUCCCGAGUUUGGGAGCCCACUUCCCACGAUCGCAGCAGCCUCAACUCUCGCCCCUGGGGGCCCCCGAGGCCCAGUGCAGACCCCGGCAAGAGGGGCCCCAGGCUUCUCUGGAACUCAGUUCAGAGCUGGCAGUGGAUUGCCCGCCAGGCUGCCCAGGGGGUGCGGCCCUGGGGACGCUGGGUGUCGGGAGGCAGCUCCCACCCAUGGACAGUCCUGAGGCCCCAGGUCCUCGCCGGGAUGCCACCUGCGGGGAAGGAGCGAGGGGCACCCGGACAAAAGGCCGCCCAGCCCCCGAGGAGGGGAGUGGCCCCAGCUGCAGCCUUGGGAGUGGCCCCCAGACCUCCUCGGCCCCCGCCAGCCCCCCGCCGGCCUUCACCUCCAGCUUCAGCUUCAUCCGGCUCUCGCUUGGUUCGGCCGGGGAACGCGGAGAAGCGGAGGGCUGCCCGCCGGCCAGGGAGGCCGAGGACACGGGGACCAGAGCUGCCAGCCCGGAUGGGCCCUGCCAGGACCCUGGACGUCUCUCUCCCCGCUUUGGUCUCAAGGACCCUGGACGUCUUUCUACCCACUUUGAUCUCAAGGCAGCUCGGGGCCCCACGGACUCCGCCUGGACCCCAGCGGGCAGCCCCCGGCUGCAGGGUGAGCCACUCUCUGUACUGGACACAGACACCGCCUCCUCCUGCUCCCCGGAUCCCCCAGGGUGCGAGGGGGCUGCUAGCCGCUGGGACCCGCUGCUCCGGAAGUGCGAACCCCUGCUGCAGGGGUGUCUGCUCAGCCACCGCCGACGGCUGGAGGUGAACGCCUUAAGGCUGAAGCUUCAGAAACUCCAGGAGAAAGCAGUUGAGGAGGAGGAUUACGAUAAGGCGGAGACGUUCAAGCACAGGUUGGACGGCCUGGAGGAGGAGGAAGAGGAAGAGAGCGGCCUGUGCUACCAGCUCCCCUCGAGGCAGCCGGCCCUCUGCAGCCUCCUGGUCCACCUGGGAGCCCAGGCCGAGGCCGCCUUGCACCGGGCCGCUGAGCAGGCAGGCAGAGAGGACACCCAGGCCCCGCUCUGCAUGGAGCCCCCAGCUGAGGACCCCCCGUGCGCAUCCGUCACCAGACGAGACCGGCUUCUUCACGAAAAGCAGCAACUGCAGGAGGAGAUGGAAGCCCUGCAGGCCCGGAUGUCUGUGCUGGCAGCGAAGGACCAGCAGUUGAGAAGGGAGAUGGAGCUGCAGCAGCAACUCCUCCGGUGGCGGGACUGUGACCUGCGGCCCCUGCUGGACAAGCUGGCCCCAGACGAGCUGCAGGAGGUCCACCAGGCGGCGAGGGACGCCCUGGCCCUGGCCGGUCAGAGUCCCCUCCCUGCAGGACCUCCCGAAGCCGUAAGGAGCCUCCAGGAAAGGCUGAAACCCCUGCACUGGUCCCUGAGAGAAAUCGCUGCGAAGGUGUGCAGGACCCAGAGGCUGUGCGCCUCCCUGCGGAGGAGCCUUCACGAGAUCGAGACCCAGCUCCCGGCGUUGCUGGAGGCCAAAAUGCUGGCCGUGUCAGGAAACCAUUUCUCCACGGCCAAGGAGCUGGCAGAGGAGAUCGGCGCGCUGACCGUGGAGAGGGACGGGCUGGAGGGCCUCCUGGCCCGGUUGGCGGGGCUGAGCGCCGCCACGCUGGGGGGCGUGCAGGCCGAUUACAGCCGGCUGCAAAGGGAGCUGGACCGCGGGAAGGCCGCCCACGAAGCCAGUGUGAAGGAGGAGGCCGAGAGGUACAUGGACGCGCUGGAGGGCAAGCUGCGCAGCUGCCCGUGUCCGCUGCUGGGAAGAGUGUGGGAAGCCGACGUGGAGGCUUGCCGUUUGCUGAUCCAGAGCCUACACAAAAGGGUCUUAGGGUUCGACAUCACCGUCCCAGGGAUCCGAGUCCUCGUGGGAGAUAGAGGCUGUGGACCGCACACCCUUUCCGCGGAGCUGGGCGAGAAAUGCGAAGCCAUCGGCAAGAAGUUGCUGUGCCUGGAGGAUCAGCUGCACGCGGCCAUGCACAGUCACGAUGAAGUCCUCAUUCAGUCCCUGCGGGGCGAGCUCCGGCUGGUGAAGCAGACCCUACAGGCCAUGAUCCUGCAGCUCCAGCCCCCCAGGGAGGCGGGGGAGAGCGAGGCGGCCUCCUGGGCCACGGCCGGGGUGCGGGGAGCGCAGGCCUGAGGCGUGCUGGACGCGACAAGGGAAGGAGACGCGCAAUCAACGGAGCUGAUGGACCCCAGGUCCGGGAUGAGCGGCCGUCCGUCUGCUUCACGCGCAUCUCCGAGCGCAGAUGAAAACCCCUGAAGGUUUCCAGGGAGCAGCCUAUCAGUGGGCAGCGUUUCCGCUUUCUCCUUUUUUAAAAAUAUAUUUUUAUUGAUGUCAGAGAGGAAGGGAG